AGCGUUUGGAAGAUCUUAGCUCUUACGAUGUCACGGCCAUUCGCGACUUUUGUUGGAUAAUCGAGUGUUAUAAUUAUUUCCCCCGUUUAGCCCGGAACAGCGUUGCCAUGAUGUCGCCCGCAUUAGCGCCUACGAGAACCCUCCUCAGGAGCUUGUUUGGCAGCCCUGCCCAGCAAUGCCGAAGAUGCCUUUCACAUGUGGCAGCUCCCAAAUCGAGUCGGCCGACCAUCGCAACCAAUCCGAUGCUCCCCAGGCAAGAUCAAUUCCAGAAGAGGACAAAGACGCACAAGACAAUUGAGCAGGCAAAGAGCCGGUAUAAGUCGGGGCCGUUUUCCUGGAAAGCUGGGCUGCUCUUCGUCAUGACGGCUGGUGGUCUGGUGUGGUACUUCGAGUACGAGAAGCAGCGUAUGCAGCGGAAGCGAAUUGCCGACGCGACCAAGGGCAUCGGCAAGCCAAAGGUCGGCGGACCGUUUGAGCUCAUCGACCAGAACGGCAACCCAUUCUCGAGCGAGGAUAUGAAGGGCCGCUACGCUUUGGUCUACUUUGGGUUUUCGCACUGCCCCGACAUCUGCCCCGACGAGCUUGACAAGAUGGCGCGAAUGUUUGAUAUUGUCGAGGAACAGAGACCGGGCGCGAUCCUACCCGUCUUCGUGACGUGCGAUCCUGAACGGGACACGCCCGGCAUCUUGAAGGAGUACCUGGCCGAGUUCCACCCCAGGUUUAUCGGAUUGACGGGCUCGUACGACGACAUCAAGGCCAUGUGCAAGAAGUAUAGGGUGUAUUUCAGCACACCUCAGAACGUAAAGCCGGGACAGGACUAUUUGGUGGACCACAGCAUCUACUUCUACCUGAUGGAUCCGGAGGGCGAUUUCGUCGAGGCGCUAGGGAGACAACAUUCUCCGCAGGCGGGAGCGAAAUUGAUCCUUGACCAUAUGAAGGAUUGGACCGGUAAAUGGGCAAAGAACUAAAGGGAGAUUACUUUUGUACAAUGUAUAAAUUGUGUAUAUUGAAGAGAGGAGAUCGCUGGGAGCCUGUAUGCAUACCAGUUCAGUGGUAGACGAGAGAGAGAAGAGGGAGAAGAGGGAGAAAAAGCCACGGCCAGGAUUAGGUAGGAUAGCUACC